AUUUCCCCUUCCCGUUUACCUGGCUGGCAGGCUACCUUGCCAUUCUUGUUGGAGCUGGGAUGACCUUUAUUGUGCAGAGUAGCUCUGUGUUCACCUCUGCAAUCACUCCACUGGUUGGCAUCGGUGUGAUCAGCCUCGAGAGAGCUUACCCUUUAACGUUGGGCUCCAACAUUGGCACCACCACCACUGCCAUCUUGGCUGCAUUAGCUAGCCCUGGAAAUACUUUACAAAAUUCACUCCAGAUUGCCCUGUGCCAUUUCUUCUUCAACAUCUCUGGCAUCCUUCUGUGGUACCCAGUCCCAUUCACACGCCUGCCAAUACGCCUAGCCAAGGGCCUGGGAGAUAUCACAGCCACCUACCGUUGGUUCGCCAUUUUCUACCUGAUCUUCUGCUUUUUCUUAACUCCACUGGCUAUAUUUGGCCUCUCCCUCGCAGGCUGGCCUGUGUUGGUGGGUGUAGGGGCACCCAUUCUUUUGUUGUUGCUCUUAGUGUUGGUGAUGCGGGUCCUCCAAGCCCGCUGCCCUCAAAUUCUCCCUAAGAAGCUUCAAAACUGGCACUUCUUGCCCUUGUGGAUGCGAUCCCUGAAGCCCUGGGACGGGAUAGUGUCUCUGCUCACUGGUAACUGCUGCCAGCUCCCUUGUUGCUGGUGUUGCCGUGCCUGCUGCCGGGUCUGCUGCCUGCUGUGUGGAUGCCCCCCGUGCUGUCGCUGCAGUAAGUGCUGUGAUCUGCUUGAAGAAGAGGAAAAUGUAAAGGAAAUCCCCAUCAAGGUCUCUGAGGUGUAUGAAAAUGCCAUGGUCAUAACUAAGGAGCUCCAUCCUGGGUCCAAGACAUGGGAAGAUGGCCAAGACGUAAAGACCUACUCCAACAUCACAGCUUUAUAGUGGGACAGUGAACGAGAGAA